AUGUUGAAUAGAUCAAUUUGUAGAACCAAUCAAUUGGUUGCAAAUGUAGUUUUAAAUAGUGCAAGAGCUGGACGUUCAACUGCGACAUCCGGUAACAUUUUAAUUAGAAGAUCAUUAUCAUCAACCACUUUAAACAAUAAUAGAUUAAACUAUAAUAACAUUCUCAAUAACAAUGGAAUAAGAUCAUACUGUAAAUCCACUACAGAGACACCAAAUAAUAAUAAUAAUACCGAACAAAAGACAACCGACAACACAUCAGCAAAACCAGAUAGAAACAAGAUCAUUCAAAAGUACAUUGUUAAAGAUAUGCCAGCUUCACACAAAGAUUUCACCGACAAAGGUUACGAAGUAGUUUUCUACUCAAAGAGAGAAGCAAUCUUUAAGAAUCUAAAAUUACUCUUUGGUGGUCAAAUUGCAUUGACUUCUGUAGUACCCAUUGGAUUCCUUUUGAAAGGAUCAGAGAUUAAAUAUACAAUGUUUGGUAUGAUGUUAGUUGCAUGGAGUACAUCAUUCUACUUUAUCGGAAAGAUGAUGAUGUCCAACUUUGUCAUUAGACUCUACUAUAAGAAAGGUGAAAAUUUUAUUUAUAUCGUUCAGUAUGCACCGAAUGCUCGUGUCUUAAAGGUUCCCAUUGAAGAUAUCAAGCCUUCAAGCUUCAAUCCCGACGGUACACCAUUCCUCUUGUUAGAGUCUGACCAAUUGUUCUUCUUUGAGCGUGAUGGUAUGCUAAAGAACCGUGAGGCCCUCGAGUACAUUCUCUCGGGAGACGAGUACGACCUCAAGACAAAGUCACGUGAGGAAGCAGAAUACAACGAACACAUUGCCAACUCAUUGGAAACCGCACAAAAGAUCGACGCAUCCAACAAAACUCUCGACGAACAAUUGAAAUCACUCGAACAAGAAUUAAAUACAUUGAAGAAUGAUAAUGAUACCCAACAACAACAACAACAAUCAUCAUCAUCAUCAUCAUCAACAUCAAAACAAUAA